AUGGAAAGAUCCAGAAGUAGGGAUGAGCGGAAAGACGAAGGAAAAGGGCAUUAUGGCCGAGUAAAAUUGAGUGAUUCACAAAUAAGCUUCAAAAGCAAUAAAAAUAACCGAGCAUUAACGAUCAAUUCUUCGAAUAUUGAAAAAAUUGAUUGGAUGCGUAUUGGAAAUAAACCAGGCAUUCGAUUAAGCCUCACUUCGGGAAUUCGGCAUCGUUUUGGUGGUUUUGUGGAGAAGAAUUUCGAGGAAAUCCAGAAAAUUGCAAAAGAUAGAUGGGAUAUUGAUGUUGAAUGUAUUGAACAGUGCAUCAAAGGUUGGAACUAUGGAAAAGCAGAGAUAAAAGGGCAAGUUCUUGAGUUUGAAGUUGACGACAAAACUUGCUUUGAAAUUCCUCUAAGCAAUGUCAGCAAUUGUACAGCUGGGAAAAGUGAAGCAGCUUUGGAAUUUCAUCAAAGUGAUGAUUGUUCAGUAUCUCUAAUGGAAAUGCGUUUUCAUAUCCCAACAGAUCCGGAUGCAGAUGAGGAUAUUGAUCAAGUGGAGGAGUUUAGACGUGCUGUAAUGCAGUAUGCUGGAAUUGAAACAGAAACAGAUCAGCCAGUGGCAAUUUUGCAGCAAAUACUUUGCACUACUCCUCGUGGUCGAUACGAUAUCAAAGUAUAUCAGAAUUAUUUAUCCUUGCAUGGUAAAACAUACGAUUACAAAAUCCCAAUCCGUACUAUUAUGAGACUUUUUUUAUUACCCCACAAGGAUGGACGUCAUAUGUAUUUUGUGAUCAGUUUGAACCCUCCAAUUCGUCAAGGUCAAACUCGUUAUCAUUUUUUGGUUCUUGAGUUUUCAAAAGAUGAAGAAGUCGACCUCGAUUUAGGUCUUACUACAGAACAACUGAAAGAGCAGUACAAAGGGAAACUUGACAAACGGAUGAGUGGAACUGUAUUUGAAGUUGUGUCAAAAAUAUUUCGUGUUAUGGUUGAUAUGAAAAUUACUGUUCCUGGAAGUUUUGUUGGGCAUUCUGGAACUCCAGCAGUUAUGUGCGCUCAUAAGCAAGCUUCAGGAUUUCUAUAUCCAUUAGAGAAAGGAUUUGUUUAUGUUCAUAAACCACCUAUGUAUAUUCGCUUCGAAGAGAUAAGUUGCGUGAAUUUUGCUCGAUCUGAUGUGUCUACGCGUUCUUUUGAUUUUGAAAUUGAAAUGAAAGGGGGUAGUGUACUCAUAUUCAACAGUGUUGAAAAGGAAGAAUAUAAUCGUUUGUUCGACUUUGUGAACAAUAAACAUUUGAGAAUAAAAAAUGCGAAAAGAUUGGAUAAGCCAUCAUAUACGGAAAAUCUUGGCGGUAGUGACGAUGAACUUGAUCCAUAUAAAGAAACUCUUAAAAAAGAAGCAAGAGAUAAGGAAGGAGCACAGAGUGAUGAAACGGAUAGUGAAGACAUUACUGAACUCUUUAUAGAUGACUAUAGUCUGGAUGAAGACGAUAAGAAAAACAGCUCGUCGGAAAGUUCAGGCAGUGGACCGGAUGAAGAAUACGAUAGUGGUUCUGUCCAUUCAUCUGCAAGUGGUGGAGAUAAUAAAAGGAGGAAGUCUCCUAAACCAAAGAAAAUGGAUUCUUCGAAAGUGUCUAGAGUGCCUAAACGAGAAAAAAAGAAAAAGGAUCCUCAUGCACCUAAAAAGCCGCAGUCUGCAUAUUUUAUUUGGUUUGGAGAAAAUUAUUCAAAUUUUAAAAAAGAAGGAGUACCAGUUACAGAAGCCGCCCAACGAGCUGGUAAAAUGUGGAAAGAAAUCGAUGAAGAUACAAAAAAGACAUAUGAAGAAAGAGCGAAAAAUGAUAAAGAAAGAUAUGCCCGAGAAAUGAAAGAAUAUUUGGCAAAUAAAGGACCUGCGUCCGCUGCUUCUCCAUCUUUAAGUGGAAGCAAGAAAGCAAAGAAAGCAAAAUUAGAGUCACCUGUGAAACAAAAUUCGAAGCAGAAAUCAAAAGAAUAUAUCAGUGAUACGGAUAGCAGCAACGAAUCAGCGAAAAUUAAGGAAGAAAAGAUGUAUUAA